UUGGGUUACAGUGGGGCAAAAUGGCGACUGUCAUUCAGAAUCCACUAAAAGCGCUCGGCGACCAGUUCUACAGGGAGGCCAUCGAGCACUGUCGUAGCUACAACGCCCGCCUGUGCGCCGAGCGCAGUAUCCGCAUGCCCUUCCUUGACUCACAGACGGGUGUCGCCCAGAACAACUGCUACAUCUGGAUGGAGAAGAGGCACAGGGGGCCAGGUUUGGCUGCGGGUCAGAUGUACUCCUACCCAGCCCGCUGCUGGAGGAAGAAGAGGCAACUUCAUCCCCCAAUCGACCCUCAGCUCCGACUAUGCGAACUCAGGCUUGAAGCUGAGCUGAUGUCCAAGAAAGAAGCCCCACCCACUGAAUCCACUGCCCUGGAAGCUUUGCUCAGAGGGGAAGGGCUUCUGGACAAAAGAAGCACAAGCUCCAAGGAGGAAGAGACCCUGCUGGAGAUUCAGAGGGUGCUCGAAGCUGAGGACAAUGUGGAUGGUUUCCAUGAUGAUGAUGACUUUGAUGUGGAUACACCUAAGAGGAAGCAGCGAAACAAAGGCCGAGGCCGAGGGUCCGGCCGCAAGAGGACAGAUGCAGUCGCCAGUGAUGACCAGGACAAGCCCUACGUGUGUGACAACAGAUACAAACAAAAGCAUAACUCAAAAACUGCUGACUCAGUUUGUGGUAAGCGUUAUAAGAACCGGCCUGGUCUGAGCUACCACUACACGCACACGCAUCUAGCCGAGGAGGAAGGUGAGGAGGAGCGUGAGACAGAGAUCCCACAGUCGCCGCCCAACCACCACACCGAAAACCACAAGUCACAAAAGGGAUCUGACGGUGUGAUCAUCUCCAACGACUACUGUGACUUCUGCCUGGGUGACUCAGGCUCCAACAGGAAGACGGGCCUGGCUGAGGAGCUGGUGUCCUGUUCUGACUGUGGCCGAUCUGGCCACCCAACUUGCCUUCAGUUCACAGACAACAUGAUACAGGCAGUGCGCACAUACCAGUGGCAGUGUAUCGAGUGCAAGUCCUGCAGUCUGUGUGGCACCUCCGAGAACGACGAUCAGCUCCUGUUUUGCGAUGACUGUGAUCGGGGCUACCACAUGUACUGCUUACAGCCCCCCAUGUCUCAGCCUCCAGAGGGUAGGCCCCGGAGCAUCCGCACACGCUUCACCCUCUCGGGCAGCAUCAGGACGGUCACCAACAAGAAAACAAGAGGGUGGACCUCACCUCUGUGGCUGCAUGCUCAGAUAAUAUUGCCAUUUGGAAAUAAAAGCUGUACACGUUUAUCUUUACAUGGGGCGGUAAAAUGCAUCGAUUCAGCAUGUCCAACUAUACCAAUUUUGAUAAUGAAAAUAAUCGAUGAAAAUAAUACUCAAAGUAUGUGCUCAUUUUUUCCUUCAAAUCCAGAACAUAAAGGCAGCUGGAGUUGUCAUCUGUGUCUGGACCUACUAAAGGACAAGGCAUCGGUCUUUGGAGAAGCAUAGAUGUCACUGAAGAGCCUCCUUCUUCUAUAUGCCCCACAGUCUCACAGCACCCCUUUCCACACACACACACACACACACACACACACACACACACACACACACUGCAGAGAGCAGAAUCCAGAUGGCUGUGCAGCCGUGUUCUUCUCAAGCUGUAGCUCUAGACUGCAGUAGCAUAAGCACUCCGUCUCUGUGGAGACAAUCCAUCUGUGCAGCACCUGUUCACUGCUGAGCUCCUGAGUCUGUGCAGUCAGUGGUCUACCUCACAACUCAGUCCAAAAGUAGGGUUACACACACAACACAGUGUCCUUAUUAAAACCAGGCAUGCUGAGUGGCGCAGGAACACACCCAGAUAAACAUCACUGUCAAACUCCUCUCAAGAGGAUGGACUAGAAAGCUCCAGGGCUAAGAUGCAAAACUGUUGGAAUACAAGCUCAUUUUAUCAUUCAAAUUCACUUUUUUCAUGUUUCGUUUCAUCAGGGCUUCUGUUUAUUUACUGCCCCUGUCUUAAUAUCUGUGAUAAAUGAUGAAGAUGAUUAGUUGAUUAUCCCUAAUAAAUUGGUGUGGGGAGUGAAGGACAACAGGUCUUCACAGUUUGUAGCAGAAACUCACCAGCUCUGUGACUCAGCUUUCAUUGUAUUUCCCAAGUAAAUUGAUCAGGUUUCUAUAAUCAAGAAAAGGAUUGUUGCCUGUAUGACAUAACUCCGGUGGAAGUAGAAGUAGCAUACAACAAUAAAAAGAAAAGUGAAGUAUGCAGUAUAAUGGUAAUACAUUUUCUCAUACACACAUCAUCUGUCAGCAUAGGUGCGGGUGUGUCUGAUAAGCUUUUUUUUUCUUUUUAAAACUUUUUUUUAAAGUUAGAGAUACUAACAGCAAGGCAGUAUGUAACUAUAUAAACAGCAUAGUGAAAAAUACUUUCUUUACUCAAACUCACUUGGGUAAGAUUGUAAAAUACUCAGUAAGGCACAAAUUCAUCAAAAUGUACUUAAGAACAGAUAAUUUAGUACAUUUAACUAGUUAUUACCCACUUCUGAGUAGAAAAUGCAAGUUCAUGAAGAACUAUUCUUGCUCUGAGUUAUUACGAUGAAGUCAGAUGUGAUUGGAGAAAUAAUUCAGUACAUUGUGAAUGUAUUCCUAAAAGCAUCAAACAUGUUUUUCUCUAUUUUUUAAAAAUAUGUAUUUAAUGCUUUAUGGAGAUACUAUAACUUUAUCAAAAAAUCUGUCUUUUGUGCUUUUUAGUGUAGAUCUUCCACAGACAAUCAUGACUUAGAUUACAUAGCAGAUAUUACAUCUAGUGUAUAUACUGCAGUUGUUCAUUCCAGGAUUUCUGCAUACUGUGUGUUACCAUUUGAAGCCUUCUAACUGUUUAUGGUUUUUAUGGGUAGGCUAUUCAACUUGCAUAUUAAUAUUUGUAUUAAAAUGAACAGAUAAAGAGAAACUCCAUGUUCUAAGUGUUUGACAGAUUUCAUUCGAAAAACCUCCCAGUCGUUCAAGAAUCUUCCAAAGUUGCCUCUUUUGUAGUAGAAGAAAAAACAGGUUUGCACCUUGACUGAUAAGCUCACUGCAUUUUGUAUGUCUUUGUUCAUGAUAUAUCAGCAUCUCUAUUUCCGUCUGGAGGUUCGCUUCCCUCCUCUGGUCUGUAGAAUGCAGCAGAAGCUCUAUUUUCAGAGUCAAUUUAUCAAUGCAAAUCCUCCAAAUCCUCAGAUCUGUUGAAUAUUUCAUCUGUUUCUGGCAAGAGUUGGCUGCACUGAGCCUAGUGAACAAAGAGGUUUGGGGAAUGUUAUGAUCAGAUGUCACAGUGUGAAAAAAUCCCUAU